AUGUCCACGAUAACAGCUGCAAUAACCGACUGUACGUUGACGACAACAGUCAGUAAAUCAAAGAGAACAGUGAAAGCACAUACUAGACAGUUUAGUUCUGCAUACUUAUACAACGUUCUCCCGUCUGACUUAACCAGUGAUAGAGUGAGUAAUUUGAGACCUUGCAAGUUAUUUCACGGCGAUGUAUUUGUGGAGGAGCUGUUGAAUGUGAAUGAAAUGGGUAACGUGGAUCAUGUACCGAGCUAUCAGUUCAAGUUUGGAUGGAGCAAUCAUUUGGAUAAACUGUUUUGUGAGACUGAGAUUAUUGACAAUAUUCAUAAGAUGAACGAAGUGAUAAAGACCUGGGGGAAUUCUUUCAGGAUUAUGAUGCAGUGUUCACAGAACCGAUAUGUAUUAUUAGAACUAAAGAUUAAAGACUCUAACGAGGAUCGGGGAUUUAGAGAUCUUGUUUGUAGAAUUAGCGAUGAGUUUGAGAUUUUGGCUGAAUUGAUGUGGGAUUAA